UUUUACACUUGCCGAUGUUUGUAAAUGUCAAUUAGUGCCAAUUAGGAUUUAUACUUUAUGACAAUAGCGGUUUAAACGAUGUGCACUGAUGACAAAUGAACUUAAUUGGAUGUGAUUAUCGCGAAGUUAGCGAGAAGGGCAAGCGCAAAUCACAGUUCCAGGUUUGUUGUUUUUUUUAUUUCAGAAAUGCUUCCAUUAUUUUUUUUUCUUCGAACGGUUCACAUCAAUAUUCUAUAUACGAGAUAUUUUGGAUUCUGUUGAAUAGUAAUCAUGCUUUCUACGUGGCUUCUGCGGGAUUCCCCAGGCCUGAAACGUAAAGCUGACGGUGUUGAAAGUGAUGACAUGAUCGACAGUUCAAAUAAGAAAUCAUUCAAAAAGUCAAAUUAUCAAAAUAAUUUCAGUUGGUACAACGAAGAUGCAGAUAAAAAUUGGCACUGCGAAGUUUGUAGAGGUGCUAAGUUGGACAACGCCUACGCCCGUGGACAUGACCAACCAGCAAAAACAACCAAUCAUCAGAGACAUGGCUGGUCAAAUCAGCACAAGGCCACCUUGGAAAAGACAGUUCUGAGUUCCCAGGAACCCAUGAAGAAAAUUGUACUGGCCAAACUGUCCAAGGAUGACAAGCUUGGGGUCAAGCUCCUUAAGACUGCCUACCACCUGGCCAAGCGGGAGCUUCCCAAGGUGGAAUUUCAGUACCACCUCCAGCUUGCUGGGGCCAUAGGUGCUGAUCUCGGCUGACCUUUAGACCUACAUUGUGUAGACUGAUCAAGUGUAUAGUGCUUCUUGUUUUGAGAACUAGGAUGUGAUGAUAUAUUGACUACUUUUUUGUUUUUUACAAUUGAUGUCAUGUUGUUUGAUUUCAGCUAGUUUUGUUUGUAUUUAUUAGCUUAUUUUAUUUAUUUAUCAUGUAUUUAAAUUCAGAUAUAUAUUUAUGUG